AUGUAUUUUAUGAUUCGUUUGGCGAAAACCCGAACGCAAUACAACUGCGUUGUUUCUGUUGUAGACAAAUGGACGAAAAAAGUGCACCGCUUGUGUCCGUAUUUAGACACGAUCAACCGACAGGUGUUGGACUUUGAUUUCGAAAAAUUGUGUUCCGUGUCGCUGUCGCGGAUCAACGUCUACGCGUGUCUAGUGUGCGGUAAAUAUUUUCAAGGUCGCGGCACCAACACUCACGCCUACACUCACAGCGUCGCUGAGAGUCACCACGUUUUUUUGAACCUACAAACCCUGAAGUUCUACUGUCUGCCCGAUAACUACGAAAUAGUCGAUUCCUCGCUGGACGACAUCAAGUACGUGCUGAACCCGACUUUCGCGCCCAAGCACGUCGGCCAGCUGGACACGUGUGACAAACGGUCGCGGGCAAUCGACGGCACGCUUUACCUGCCUGGCAUAGUGGGCCUAAACAAUAUCAAGGCCAAUGACUAUUGCAACGUCAUCUUACAGGCGUUAUCCAACGUCACGCCACUCCGGGACUACUUUCUGGAUGAGAGGAACUACGCUAAGGUGAAACGGCCACCCGGCGACAGCGUAUUCCUGCUGGUCCAGCGGUUCGGUGAGCUCAUGCGGAAGCUGUGGAACCCACGAAACUUCAAGGCGCACGUGUCGCCACACGAAAUGUUACAGGCGGUCGUCCUGUGGAGCGGCAAGAAGUUUCAGUUCACUGAGCAGGGCGACCCGAUUGACUUUUUGUCGUGGUUUUUGAACUCUUUGCACAGAGCGUUGAAUGGGAAGAAGAGCCGUCACUCCAGUAUCGUGUACAAGACGUUCAUGGGCAGUAUGCGCGUGAAGACUCGAAAGAUUCCGCCUGUGGAGCUGGACGAAAAACAGAGGUACAGUCUGCUGUGCACGGACGAAUAUGCCGAGCACGUGUCCGAAUCGCCGUUUCUCUAUUUGACUUGUGAUCUACCACCGCCACCGUUGUUCAAAGACGAAGUCAUGGAGAACAUCAUACCUCAAGUGAGUUUGUAUUCUCUGCUGACUAAAUUCAACAAUGAAUCGGAAAAAGAGUACAAGACUUACAAGGAAAACUUCAUGAAACGUUUCGAGAUCACUCAGCUCCCGCCGUACUUGAUCCUAUACAUAAAGCGUUUUACGAAGAACACGUUUUUCGUCGAGAAGAAUCCCACUAUCGUCAACUUCCCGGUAAAGAACGUGGACUUCGGAGACAUUCUCACGCCAGAGGUAAAAGCAGCGCAUAAAAAUACUUCCUACGACUUGAUCGCCAACAUCGUGCACGACGGGGAACCGAACAAAGGCACGUAUCGCGUGCACGUGCUAAAACAAGGAAACAGCAAGUGGUACGAGAUGCAAGAUUUGCACGUCAGCGACAUACUCCCGCAGAUGAUCACUCUGACCGAAGCGUACAUCCAGAUUUACAAGCUCAGAACUGAUAGAUAG